AUGUUGGAGAAUUUUUGUCGUAUCUGCUUAACGACAACGGGUGUGGAGUACAGCAUCGACGAAACGAUCGACGGCAGAAUUUCACUGUACGCGGUGGUUUGUAAUCUGUGCCCGGAUGCAUUCCCGGAAAGUAGAGAAUGGUCAAGGAAAAUCUGCAAACAAUGCCGGCAACGGAUUUUAAAUGUUCACGAGCUGUACGAUCUCUGCCAGACCAGCAUCGGAUGUUUCGAAGAGCUUGUCUGUGCCAAGGAAAAGCAGAGUGCAAGCGAGAGUUUCACGGAAGAAGAGCCGCAUGAGCCUGAUCCGGAUUUGGAGGACAUAGACUUGCUGGAGGAAGACGAGGAAAUCGUAAGAUCAUGCCUCGGGUUGAACAGGAUCUUCACCAGCGAAGAGGCGAAUUACGAAUCCGUCGAACAAACACAUUCUUCCCAACAGGAGUGCCCAUCUGUGAGCGAAGAUACAUUCUUCGAAGAACCAUCACACGAUCAAGAAGAGUUUGAUUCCAUUGCUACUGGUGGAGAGUUGAGCCAGCACACGCCUCAAGAUGCUUUUAUAAUCGAAGAAAACGACGAUAUGUUGCUAAAUGCCGCAGAGCCCCAGGAAGAUGUUGAGAUCAACGAAUUGGUAGAUUCCAUAAUAUAUGCCACUGUGUUUCCUAAAUCCAAAGAAGACGUAAAGAUCGAUGAUUUAGUUGAUUCCAUUAUCUGUGCGACUGUGUUUGACGACGAAGUACCUGAGCUGCAAAGGAAGGAAUCGCAUCGUUGCAAGCUGUGUGAAGACGAGGUAUUUUCAUCGGCAAUUCUUUUGAAUAACCACAUGAAAGAGUCGCAUUUGGAUGUCAUUUUCCAUUGCACGCCCUGCGAUAGAGUAUUUACGGACAAAGAAACCUAUAUCACUCACGCGAGAUCCCAUUCCGCGUAUCGCGAUUGCUUCUGUUUCCCCUGCGAAAAAGGUUUUGGCAAUCCCAGAGCUCUGAUGAACCAUAUCCAAUCACACGAGCAUUCCUGCAUCUGCCCAUUCUGUGGAAUGAAAAUUGAUAAUCACAUGAAGCUGGAGGUCCAUAUCAAGAGUCAUUAUACUGUUAAACCAUUUGCCUGCCACUUAUGCCCGUUACGGUUUCAUCUAGAAGCGAGAUUAAAGGAGCACUUAAAAAGACAUGAAGGUGAAGGCAAUUUCCGGUGUGAAAUAUGUGGGAAGCGCUUAAAUACACAACGAAAUUUAAAGAUUCAUCGACGCACGGUGCAUACGGAUCGCGGCAGAGAGAGGCCAUACGGCUGUGAUGUUUGCGAGAAACGAUUCGAUACGAAAUCCAAACUAAGGUGCCACGUAAGAACUCAUACCGGGGAGAAGCCUUUUGCGUGCAUGUUCUGCGAGAAGCGAUACGCUGAAAAUGGAGAUUUAAAAUGCCAUUUACGGAAACAUCUCGGAGACAAUAUCUACCAGUGCGAUCGCUGUGAUGCUUCCUUCCGAUUGAUUAGAGAACUAAGGCAACAUUACGCGGUCCAUGCGGAUGGUUCUGAUUCCAUGGGCAGAACCGAUUUUCGGUUUACCCUAGAGUACAUAGUGAAUUUGCGACUUCAAAAGGGUUUAUCGAAAUUGGAUGCUGAAGAGAAUGAAUCUUCCAUUAAAUAGCCGUUAAAC